CCACACAGCCAGACGUCACCCCCUCCCAGUGCUACACACUACACUGGCUGCUGCCACACACUGUGCGCGGCGCCCGGGGCACUGAUACCAAGGGCUGGGCGGAGGGAGGAUGAGGAGGAGGAGGGGAGAGACUCGGACGUCACCGUAGCAGGAGGGAGAGGGAGAGGGAGAGAGAGAGAGAGAGAGAGAGAGAGAGUCCGCCACAUGAAGUGAUAAUAGAGGGGGAGGAGGCGCACUCACACACCGGUCCAUGUGUACAUGUCCACACAGGGGGAGGGCCCGGCAGGAGUCUGCAAGUGAGGGCCACAGUCUACUGCUGCCUAUGCCACAGCCCGGGAGCCGCAGUUCACGUCCAUUCUGUCCUCUGACAUUACUGUAAUCCCUGUGACCUAGACAGUGGGCGGCAGGAGGAGAGGAGUGCACUGUGCCGGGCACGGGAGGAGGGGAGUGCACAGUGCCGGGCCCGCCUGCAGCAGCGCCAGGAGUUGGGAAAGUUGCUGUGGUCGCACCUGGACCGUGACGCCGCGCAGGGUCAGGGGGAGUGUUCGUCACUGACUCUGCCGGGGCAGGGGCGGAGGGGGUCAGGCUGGUGGCCGGCUAGCCGGGCAGGUGGGCGGCGGACACAGUGGGCUGCGAGCUGCUCGGACUGCCUCCGGGGAUGUUCCACUGCAUCCCGCUCUGGCGGUGUACCCGUCAUGUGGAGACCGUGGAUAAGCGGCACUGCUCCCUGAUGGCGGUGCCGGAUGAGGUGUACAGGUACAGCCGGAGCCUGGAGGAGCUCUUACUGGACGCCAACCAGCUGAGGGAGCUGCCAAAGCAAUUUUUUCAACUUGUCAAGUUAAGAAAACUUGGUCUUAGUGAUAAUGAAAUUCAACGACUUCCUCCAGAGAUAGCAAACUUUAUGCAGUUGGUAGAACUGGAUGUGUCUCGGAAUGAUAUUCCAGAAAUUCCAGAGAGCAUCUCUUUCUGUAAAGCACUCCAAGUAGCAGAUUUCAGCGGGAAUCCUCUUACAAGGUUACCUGAAAGUUUUCCCAACCUAGAAAGCCUCACAUGCCUUUCCAUUAAUGAUAUCUCACUACAAGCACUCCCUGAAAACAUUGGGAACCUAACAAACCUGGCUUCAUUAGAGUUGAGAGAAAAUUUGUUGACCUAUUUACCAGAAUCGCUUUCACAGCUUCAUAGAUUGGAAGAGCUUGACUUAGGAAACAAUGAAAUCUAUAACUUGCCAGAGUCCAUUGGAUCAUUACAUAAACUUAAGGACCUCUGGUUGGAUGGAAAUCAACUGGCAGAACUACCUCCAGAAAUAGGAAGUCUGAAAAAUUUACUUUGUUUUGAUGUGUCUGAGAACAAACUGGAAAGACUUCCCGAAGAGAUCAGCGGUUUGGCUUCAUUAACAGAUCUACUUGUUUCACAGAACUUAAUUGAGGUUUUACCGGAUGGAGUUGGAAAGCUGAGGAAGCUGUCAAUACUUAAAGUGGACCAGAAUCAUCUCAUGCAGCUGACAGAAUGCAUAGGAGAAUGUGAGAGCCUUACUGAACUGGUACUUACGGAGAAUCAGCUUUUGGUACUGCCAAGAAGCAUUGGGAAAUUAAAGAAGCUGAACAAUUUGAACAUUGAUCGGAAUAAAUUAAUGUCUUUGCCAAAAGAGAUUGGUGGAUGCUCCAGUCUUAAUGUAUUCUGUGUACGUGAAAAUCGGUUGACACGAAUACCCUCAGAAAUUGCGCAAGCUACUGAACUUCAUGUCUUAGAUGUUGCUGGGAAUAGGUUAUCCCACUUACCGUUGUCAUUGACCUCACUAAAAUUAAAGGCAUUAUGGUUAUCUGAUAACCAGUCCCAGCCUCUACUGACCUUUCAGACAGAUGUUGAUGUGGAGACUGGAGAAAAGGUCUUGACAUGUGUGCUACUUCCACAGAUGCCUUCAGAGACUGGUGGCCAAGACAAUUUACAAAGAUGCGGAGCCUUCGAGAGUUUGGUUAAUGAUGUGUCUGAUGAAACUUGGAAUGAUCGAGCAAUGAAUAGAAUAAGUGCCAUUCGAUUCUUAGAUGACGAGAAAGAAGAUGAAGAGGAUGAAACGGCAACUCUUCUGAGGCGGGCCACUCCUCAUCCCGGGGAGCUGAAGACAAUGAAGAAAACUGUGGAGAACCUGCGUACCACUAUGAAUGCUGCUAAAGGACUGGAUUCUAACAAAAAUGAGGUCAAUAACUCCAUUGACAGAGUGACCACGUCUGUGUAGAGAUCCACCUUCAUUUUGCCUCGUGUGUCUUUCCAUAUUUCUCCCUGCUUCAAGGGCCACAUCCAGCCUCUUGUUUUUACCAGAACAUAAUUCGUCAUCCCUCCUUUUACUACUUGUAUUGAAAUGAUGCAGCCUGGACAGUAUGUGCCUUAUUUCAUUCAGAUGUCUGUAUCUAUGAUCUCUAGCUUAAUGCUGAAAUUUUAUAUUUUACUGAUCUUUUUUAUUUUUAAUAAGUAGUACACACUACUGUGCAUUGGUCUUGUUUUUAAGUUACGAUUUUACAUAUGGAAAUAUGUUUUUAUUUUUUAACUUCUGGGGUAUAUAUUCUGACCAUUUUUGUGGCCCUAUUAGGGAUAAAUUUCAGUUUUAUGUGGAAAUUAUACUUUUUUACUUUUUGGCAGCUUAACUGGUGUAUAUUUUUAUAAUUGUAUAGUAGGUUGCAAAAGUGUUUCAUUGCUAUGAAAUCAAAGGCGGUACAUGUGAUAUAAAUUGUAAAAUAGAAAACCUGUGUUUUUAAAUGUAAAUUAAUUUAUACAGGUGCAAUGCUAAGAUGUGCCUUAGAAGAAUGAUGGGCAACAUGUGAUCAAAAUAAAUUGCCGCCUUGUACAGUUUUCCUAGGGAGUGAUGUCCGAGUAAUCACAGUGCAAGCGCAGUGUCUUUGUAGGACAUGACUUGAAGGUAAAGGUCUUCUCACCAGAUUAACUGAUAGUGUCCUUCAAAGAUUAAGAAAAGCCGCUGCAUGGUUAGAAAACAGUGCAACACAUCUAAGUGCUAUAAAUCAACCUAAGGAGCACUGUGAUUUUGAAAUCUAUGCAAAUGGAGAGUAAUUGUGUUAUUGACAUUGGGGGUGAUUCAGAGUUGAUCGUAGCUGUGCUAAAUUUAGCACAGGUACGAUCAGGCACACUGACAUGCGGGGGGACGCCCAGCAUAGGGCUAGCCUGCCCCGCAUGUCAGUCCCUGCCCCGUCGCAGAAGUACAAAAGCAUCACACAGCGGUGAUGCUUUUGCACUUCAGGAGUAGCUCCCGGCCAGCGCAGCUUUUGCGUGCUGGCCGGGAGCUACUCGUCACUGCCUGGCUCGCAGCGGCUGCGUGUGACGUCACGCAGCCGCCGUGGCCCGCACCCAGCAUGGUCUGGCACGCCUGCGUUGGCCGGACCGCGCCCCUUAAACGGCAGCUUAAUGCUGCUGUCCUGGCCACUCCGCCCAGCGACUGCCUCUGCCUGUCAAUCAGGCAGAGGCGAUCCCUAGCUAAAGACAGCCGUCGGCUGUCUGGCAUGCGCCGGCGCAUGCACAGUUCAGGCCUGAUUGCUGCUGUUUGAACACGCACAGCACCAAUCAGGUCUGAAUUAGCCCCAUUGUCAUCUUUAGAUUGGGAGAGCACAGGUGAAGAGAACCUGUUCACCAGCAGGGCUCAUGACAUGCCCAUGCAGCGGAACUUUUGCAAAGGAUGAUUGUGUCUUUGUCUGAGGUGUGUUUUCAGUUGAAACUAUUUAAUCAUAGGAUUUAGUGGUCCUUUUCCCUACUGCUUAGUCUGUGAAACACUUCAUGCUGGCCUAGUAUGUCAUCUGAAGUUCUCUGCUAUUCAAUGCGGGUUUGGUAUAAUAGAUCUACAGUAAUUUGACAGUCAAAAGUUUGACUCCAUAUGGUCGACAUGCAUGGGCCUUUUGAACCUGUCGACGUUUUGACAACCAUAUGGCCUCGACAUAUUGACUAUCUAUACACCAUCUGUCAUCCAGAUACCACUAAAUGCAUAUAUAAUAUGCUACCAUCUUGUGGGACCAGUGAACAGUUAUAAGGCCUUUAAAAAAUAUAUUGCCCAUCCCUGUGUUAGAGGGUCUUUGUACUGCGGCUGUUGUAUGGGGUUGAUUAUAAUGUCAGUAGGAAUGUAUCCAGUGGUUACACUACACAUAUUUUUGACAUAAAUACAUUUCCAUUGUCAUCUUCAUGUAUACUUGAUUCUAUUUAAGAAUAUUUAGUAAAUUUGAAUAUGUUAAAAAUAGCUGAAGUUAUGUGCAUUAAAAUAAAACUAUAGAAAUAUUCCAUUUGUUAAAAUGCAGAACUAUAAACAGGAAACUGAUACACUUCACUCCGCUUAGGGACACCUACAACUGCAGUCCAGAAUGUACCAGAGAACUCUGCUACUUAGCAUUGUUUCCAUUGUUUGUAGGGGUCUUUAUAAAUAACACACUACCUCAAGCAGUCGACAAAAAAAAGCUUCUUGCCUUAUUAUAUUGAAAAGACAAAUAGAAAAAGAAAUUUCACAUAAAAACAUCAAACAUAAGGUUGACCGUGUAUGUCAUAUAUUGGCAAACCUAAUUUAUCGGAAUAUGAUGUAUGAUGCCCAAUAAUCAGUUUCUAAAUUUUGAUUAAAUACUACAGCAACACAAGGAAGGAAACCUUUUUGUUUUUUUAUAACCUUUGAUGUAUUUGUAUGUCUUAAGAAGAUCCUCAUCCAUAAAAGCCUUAAAUAUCAA